AUGGGAAAGGAGAAAAACAAUGAGAAGAUACAGGGCACGAAGAGCCAUAUGAAGAAAGAGAACCAGAAAAUGGCACUAGAAAUAUCAAAGCAGAAAACCAAAAUGAAAGACCAGGAGAAGAAAGACCCACCCAUUACCUCAAAGAAGUUUGUGCAACAACAACCAGGCAAGCUGGGGAGUACGCCAACCAAACCUCAAGCUAAGCAGAGUGGAAGCCACUCCUCCCCCAGUAUUGAUCCCAGUAGGGAGGAAGUUGACAAGGGGCAAGGAAAGGAUGCAAAAGCAGGGCACCAACCAAAAAUGAAGACCAUAAGCCCUACUUCAAGCUCUCGUGAAACCCCCAAGCAGAAGAAAGAAAACCCGGAAAAUGGAGAUAACGUGACCAGGAAGAUAGAGUUCAACUCUAAACUGGUGAAUGACAGCUCUGUGCCAGAAAAUGCACUACACUCUGAUGCCACCACAGAAGGCCUGGCAAUGGGUGGAGAGACGGCCAUGGCCGUUGACAAUUGUUGA